CAUUUUCUCCUUCCUGCCCUUCAUCCCGUACUUUCAUCGUCUAUCCUUAUUCUGUAUUAUUCCCGUCGAUAAUCUCUACCGUCGGCUAGCUCACGCUCCAGCAACACGACCAUGGGUGUCACGGUCGUGUUAGGAACGCAAUGGGGCGAUGAGGGUAAAGGAAAGCUCGUCGACAUCCUCGCUGCUGAUGCCGACAUCUGUGCGAGAAGUGCCGGGGGAAACAAUGCUGGGCAUACUAUCGUCGUCCCUAUAGGGCCCGAGAGGGUCCCGACGACCUUUGCCUUCCAUUUGUUACCCAGUGGUCUGGUCAAUCCCAAGUGCAUAGGUCUUAUUGGCUCCGGCGUAGUCGUUCAUGUCCCUUCCUUCUUUGAUGAGCUCGAUGCCCUCGAAUCGCAAGGACUCAGCUGCAGCAACCGCCUUCUCGUGUCUGAUCGUGCCCAUCUAGUUUUUGAUUUCCAUCAAAUCGUCGAUGGCCUAAAGGAGGUCGAGCUCGGAAAUUCUAGCAUCGGCACGACUAAGAAGGGCAUAGGUCCGGCCUACUCCGGCAAAGCAUCUCGGUCAGGACUUCGAGUACACCAUCUGUUUGACCACGAAACGUUUGCUCAGAAGUUCAAGAAACUUGUUGAAGGUCGUUUCAAGCGUUACGGGUAUUUUGAAUAUGAUACAGAAGGCGAAAUCGAACGGUACAAGGAACUCGCAGCCCGACUGAAGCCCUUCGUCGUCGACAGCGUUGUCUACCUUCACCAGGCCAUUGCUUCUGGAAAGAGGGUCCUGGUUGAAGGCGCAAAUGCCCUGAUGCUUGACCUGGACUAUGGAACAUACCCAUUCGUUACCUCGUCCAACACGACUAUCGGGGGUGUAUGCACUGGUCUCGGACUUCCUCCCAAGCUGAUUGGGCAUACCAUUGGUGUCAUCAAGGCAUACACAACCCGCGUAGGCGGUGGACCUUUCCCAACAGAACAGCUCAACGAUGUCGGUGUGCACCUCCAAGAAGUCGGUCGGGAAUACGGUGUCACCACAGGCCGUAGGCGUCGUUGCGGGUGGCUUGAUCUUGUCGUGAUGAAGCACUCGUGCUUGAUCAACGGAUAUGAUAGCUUGAACUUGACCAAGCUCGACAUCCUCGACGAUCUAUCCGAGAUCAAGGUUGCGGUGAAAUAUUCCGUCAACGGCAAAGCUCUAGAAGGCUUCCCAGCGGACCUGGAGCUCCUCGCCAAUGUCGAAGUUGAGUAUGUGACACUACCUGGCUGGAAGACGUCCAUCACUUCUGCAACAACUUACGAGUCUCUGCCUGAGAACUGCAAGAAGUAUAUUGAGUUCAUUGAGUCUUUUUUGAAUGUGCCGAUAGAGUGGAUUGGUGUGGGUCCCGAAAGAGAGAGUAUGAUAAAGAAGCCAAUGCAAUAGAUGUACAAUGUGUGUAUAUAGACGGUAAGGUUAAAGAGAUAUUGCUACAUCUCGUAAUACAUAUCCAAUCGAGGCUACC